AUGCGCGGCGCGAAUGGCAUGAUGGACCUCAAGAAGUGGGACUGCGGAGUGCCGGGCAAGGAGAAGACAAUCUGGGAGGGCGGCCUGUUCAAGCUCGAGGUCACAUUUCCCGACGAGUAUCCUACAAAGCCACCAAAGUGCAAAUUUGUACCGCCGCUAUUCCACCCCAACGUCUACCCGUCUGGCACCGUCUGUCUGUCGAUUCUCAACGAAGAGGAAGGCUGGAAGCCCGCCAUCACAAUCAAGGAGAUCCUGCUCGGCAUCCAAUCACUGCUCGACGAGCCUAACCCAGAAUCGCCGGCACAAGCAGAUGCGUUCAACCUGUUCAAGAAGGACCGGGCGGCCUACGAGAAGAAGGUGCGCGGUGUCGUCAAGGAGAACCCCGCACCUUAG